GAGAGGAGGAUUCAGUGGGAAGGAGCCUGCAAUCAAUUUUCUUCUCCUAUUUCUCUCUUAAAUACGAUAUAACUCCGUGUUGGGCAUUGCAGGAUUUCCCAUUCCGAUCCCUACAUCUGGAUUCUCAUCAUGUACGGGUUCGUCAACUACGCCAUCGAGCAGCUGGUGGUGAGGAACUUCGGCGAUGAGACCUGGGAAGACAUCAAGCGCGAGGCGGAGGUCCACAUGGACGGGUCUUUCCUGGUGAGACUGACAUACGACGAUGAAAUUACGUACAAUGUGGUGGCAGCGGCAGAGCGCGUUUUGGGAGUGCCAGCCAACGCGAUCCUGGAGAUGUUUGGGAAGAUGUUUUUCCAGUUCUGCCAAGAGUCGGGAUACGACACCAUCCUGCAGGUCCUCGGGGCCACCGUCAGCGGAUUCCUGCAGGUCCGGCCGCACAUGGGACUGACCUUCGACAACAUCUUGUCUCACAUCAACACCAUCUACGUCCUGAGAACAAGGGAAGCACUCAUCACCACCCGCGGCGACAACCGCGACUUGGGCUCCGACCAGGGCUGCCUCAGACUCAAGGGCCAGAUGAUCUACCUUCCCGAGACGGAGCUCAUGCUGUACGUGUGCUCGCCCUCCGUCCUCAACCUGGACGACCUCUACCGCAAGGGCCUCUAUCUCUCGGACAUCCCCCUCCACGACGCCACUCGAGACCUCGUCCUCCUCAGCGAGAAGUUCGAGGCCGAGUACAACCUCACGACGAACUUGGAGAUUUUGACGGAUAAGCUUCAGCACACUUACCGCGAGCUGGAGAGCGAGCGACAGAAAACGGAUAAGUAUGUCGGGGUAACUUCCAUAUGCAUCGUCGGCUUCUCCGACUACUGCUCGAGACACACGGACAUCGCGGGCGCCUCGAAGAUCGUCAAGAUGCUCAACGACCUCUACACGGCCUUCGACUGCCUCACGGACGAGAAGAAAAAUCCGAACGUCUAUAAGGUGGAGACCGUAGGUGACAAGUACAUGGCCGUCAGCGGACUCCCGGAGACCUGCGACCACCACGCGCGCUGCAUCUCCAACCUCGCCCUCGACAUGAUGGACAAGGCCGAGGGCGUCAUCGUGGGCGGCCAGAAAGUGCGCAUCACAAUCGGCAUCCACUCGGGCGAGGCGGUGACGGGCGUGAUCGGGCAGAGGAUGCCUCGCUACUGCCUCUUCGGCAACACCGUCAACAUCACCUCCAGGACAGAGACGACGGGCGAGAAGGGCAGGAUCAAUGUGUCUGAAGUGGCUUAUAAAUAUCUCCAGGAGCCCCAGAACUACGACGCAAAGUUCGUGUUCACGUACCGGGGCCCCGUGCCGAUGAAGGGCCGCAAGGAACCCAUGCAAGUGUGGUUCCUCAACAGGAGAAAACCCGGUGCCGACGCGGGGGCUCAGCAAUAGAAAUUUAUUUUUAGACCUAGAGCUUAAUAGAGAGUGAACUUAGAAAAAUUAGGUAGUCUCCCGAGAGAGAGAGAGAGAGAGAGAGAGAGAGAGAGAGAGAGAGAGAGAGAGAGAGAGAGAGAGAGAGAGAGAGAGAGAGAAGAGAAUGUAUAUAAUUAAUGUCGAAAAAAUAUUUGACGUACUGUAUGUGAUAAUGAUAAAACUAUAUAUAUAAUAGUGAGAGUUUAAAUGGUUAAGAGAAGUGUGUCAAACAGCUGGUGAUAUAUAGGAAAAAGCGAAGUAAUUUAACAAAAUAUAAAACAUGUAGCAGUAUACCCUUGUUACAGAUUUUACCUUAACAUUAUUCUGAGAAGUUACACACACAUACACGCUGAGAGAGAGAGAGAGAGAAUGAGAGAGAGAUAGAGAGAGAGAGAGAGAGAGAGAGAGAGAGAGAGAGAGAGAGAGAGAGAGAGAGAGAGAGACACUUUCUUCAUGACAGUCUUGAAUUCAGGAUCGAAGUUUGCAAGUACAGGAGGCUGAACAAUUAUCAGAUUUCCAUAUGAAUGAUCUCGGUGACACAGGAGGUCGAUGAACAUCUGCAGUUGACUCUAUAACUGGCGUAAACUCUGCUAGCUGGUUUACCAAUACUAAUCAAAAACGGAGAACGAUGAUAUUGGCAUAGGAAACUUAUCAAUUGUUGCGUUCUGUUGCAAUGCCAUGUAAGUGAGUGUGAGCUAGAGCUACGGUGAUAUACGUGUGUACAUUCGGGUAUUCAUAGAAAUAGGUCAUUAGCUGCACUCAUUUAAAUCCCAUCAUUUAUGGUAAUUUUAACUCGUCGUUUGGACCAUCACUGUUGCAUUUUCAUAUAUUAUUUAUGAUUCCACGUGAUGUCUGUGACAGCACUUCAAUUUCUUGAAAGUGAACUAAAAGGGGUAAUAAAGUAAAACUCGAAAACCUAAAUAAAACUGUUAAUUCUGAUGUUCUACCAGGAGAGUGGCAGCGUACUUCUAAAUGAACCAUCAUCACUCGCUUUACCUCUCAACAUCAGCUAACAGACCACUGAUGGUAUCCGCCGACGCGAAUAGCAAUUACAAAAGUCAUGAAAUAAUUAAAAUACACUAAAAAGAAAAAUAAUAAUAAUGAAUACCCAAAUACAAAAUACGACCGUGUGUUGUUUUGGCGAGCCCCAGCUUGCCCUCUCUGUCUCAUGGCUGCCAGGUUUCCAUAGCCUUAACUACCGCCAUUUUCUAUAGAGUAACAGUAAAAUAGAAAUGUUUGUGUUUAGAGAAUACCUUUCUAGGCCACUGAUUUUUUUUUAUUUUCGUGUUUCCGUUUAUUAAAAAAAAAAAAAAAAAAAAAA